CCCAUCUCUUCCAAACAUCAAAUCUCUCAAGGAAUCAUCACUGCCAACUCUUUCGAAGGCCUCAUCGGGGGCCCUUCUGCAAUAUAUCACUCUCUCGCCCCCGGCAACCCGUCCCCAUCUUUGCUUCCUCGGCCCAGGAUUCUCAAUCGCUUCUUAGACUGCCAUCCGAAGGCUCCAACUCCACAUUAAGAAGGUGUAUAACCAUUUGUCCUUUCAACCAUUUGUGAAUACUUGGAACCCUUUGUGGUUGGAUUCGUCACGACCUCGAGAAUUUGGAAUCUCUUGGUUCGCCAGCGCGGCCCUGGCGAGGUGUUGCCACGAGUCAUACACGCCACUCAGCUAUAUAAUCCCAGAUACACAAGGUCUUGACGGAUUCUCUGUCCACUCUACUCGUCAAUCUGGCAAAGAUGUGUGUCACAUUCUUCACCCUAGCGCAGCCCGGAUUCAAGCUUAUCCUGGCAUUUAACAGAGAUGAGUUCCUCGAUCGCCCCACCCUUCCUGCCGACUGGCACAACUUUGCCCCCUUGUCUGCUGCCAAUGGAUCGACGACUCCACUCACUCCCACGUCCCCUUCUUCAGAGAACGGGACUCUCCUCUACAACACCGACAAGCCGCUUCUUCAGGCUGCUUUAGAGAAACACAUGGACCAAGGAGGGGCAAGGGUACUGUCGGGACUGGACAGGGGAAAGGCGGAGGGUGGUACGUGGCUAGGGAUCUCUAAGGACCUGAAAGUCGGGCUUCUCACGAACAUUGUACGCUACCCCGCAGAAGACGGCAUCAAGCCUCUAUCGCCUCCACCCUCGCGAGGCAAGCUACUACGCGAAUUCCUUCUGCCCUCUUCCUCCUCCCAAGCGCCCUCAUCAGGAGAUGUCCAAUCCUACAUCUCGUCCCACCUUCCUACAGCGGGCAAUUACGAAGGUUUCAACUUGCUACUCUUCUCUCUCUCUCCAUCCCUACCUUCCCCAGCUGUGGGCUACUUGACAAAUCGCCCUAAGCCAGCGAGCUUGAAUCUGGACCACCUCUCCCGGACAACAGGCGAAGACCGGGGGUGUACAGGUUUGUCAAAUGGCCCAUUGGCAACAGUCGAUAAGUGGCCGAAGGUGGAAUCAGGUGAAGGAAGGAUGGCCCAGACGUUGAAGGAGUGGCAAGAGAAGGAGGAAGGAGUGGAUGCGCUCGUGGAGAGAAUGUACGGUGUAUUAUCACCAACAAUCCCUGUUCAUUCCGAUGACGACCUCUUACACACCACAACAGUUCAACCUGUCAAGCUCUCCCCACAAAUGACCAUCAUCCCAUCAUCCGCCUCUUCUUCCUCGCGAGGCAGAUGGAAAGGCACCCGCACAGCCACCGUCAUUCUGGUACACGACAACGGAAAGGUUGUCUAUGUGGAAAGGGAUAUCUGGGAGCUUGGAGAGAAUGGGGAUCCGCAGAAGGGCAACGGCGAGAGACGAUUUGAGUUUGGUGGUGAUGUUGAAUAGGGUCUGAUGACCUCGUGUAUGUGGUAAGAUGAAUACCAAUCUCUCUGUCGAUACAGCGGAUAAGUGGAUGCACAUCUUUCAUUGAGUAUAACGUGCUAUGUAGGAGACCAUUGUCUCAAUCUUUUGCUAGAAAGGCGAUACCAGCACCGGGUCGAAGACCUGUGGGGAACGUACAGCGCUCGGGACACCCUGUCACAAAGGGCUGUCGUGUAAAC